CUUAACUUACCUAAUAUUUUUAUUUGUUUGGGCGUGAGAUCCUGCACCGUUAUAUCACCGUUAUGCCAAUCAAAGUACCUUUGGAUGCGGUGCCAGCCCAGUACAGGGAAAUUGAGGCGGAUAUUAAGGCAGCUGUCUCUGCAGAGUUCUCAAAGAAAGACAUUCUCCGCUCUUUUCUUAAGAAGUCAAAGUUGAGAGAUGAAAAACUUGAACAGAUUUGGGAGUUGCUACAGCUGUCCGAGGAUGACGUCACCUCAGAGCAGGUGUUUGCUGCGUUAGCGUUGGUAGCUUGGGCUCAGCAGGGACGAGAACUGUCACACCACUUAUUUGACUCUCAAACAUCAGGUUUACCGUCUGUCUACCUGGGCCCAUCUUCUCGUCUCAGGUACUGUGACCUCGUCAGGAUCGAUACAAUAGACAUUGAACUUGUCCCUGAGAAGAAAGGACUUUUCAUCAAACACGUCGAGUACUUGGUAUCAAGCAAGAGGUUCGAUUCAAGAGUGAACCGGCGCUACAAUGACUUCAUUGCCCUCUACGAGGUUCUGCUGAACCGGUUCCCGUACAGACUCAUCCCCAAACUGCCCCCUAAGAGGAUGAUUGUGGGAGCCAGUGCUUCCAUGUUGCUGGGUGCCGCUGACACACAGUUCAUUGAGGAAAGACGACGCAGCCUUACACGAUGGCUGACACUGGUUGCACGACACCCCACCAUCAGUACGGAUCCGAUUCUUCACUACUUCCUGACUGCGCCUGUAGAUGACUUGCAGUUCAAGAUACGUGAGACUUUCCGUAGAAUGCCGGAUGAAUUUGCCACAUCAGAGUUUGCUGUUGCCAAGGAGCUAGUGCCGGCUGACAGCACCAGUGAGUUUGCCACCAGCCGAGAGCAGAUCAGAGUAAUCCUGCAAGGAGUGUCUCGCAUCAAGCAGAUCGCUGAGAACUUCGCUACUCGCUCAUACGCGUAUGCAGACGAUGUGGGGGAGUUAGCAAGUCAGCUGAACAAACUGGCAGUAGAACCAGGCGGCAACAGUGAGUGGGCGACUGGAGGAAACAGCACCUGGACCAACAUGAAGAGAGGAUUCUCACUCAUAUCUAGAGAGAUGAGUGUGAUGUCAGGCAAGGCCAGUUCCCUUGCGCAAUGUGAGGAGACGGAGGUGUGUGAGCGACUUCGUAGUCUAUCCGACGUGCUGGCCGGACACGCUGACUUGUGUGAGAGGGUGGAGAAGGGAGUGGCCAGUGAUCACCAGAAGGCUUUGUCCAAGAUGUUGGCUCUGAAGCGCAGGCAGAUGCAGGGAGUUCUACGAGGCUCUGAUGCAGAGAGUGUGGAGACUCUAGAACGUCGUAUGCUGGCGCAGGAGUCCAUGAUAGCCUCUGUAGAACAACGGGCUGCAUUUUCUCUACACUGUGUUCACAUGGAAACUCAGCUGGUCCAUGCUCAGCUGGAAGUUUUGGCGGGAGUUCUUAACACUCUGGUGGAUGUACAGGCUAACGGCCACGCUCAGUUGGCAGGUAUUUGGCGAGCUAUCCAUCCUACAGUCUCUAAAUGCCUUCCGGAAAAUCAACGAUCCUCAUAGGAGUAGGCCUAUAUAGUUGACAUUAUAUUAUAAUCAAUUUAUUUAUAAUCAUAUCCAUAGUUAUGAUAGAUAGGCAAAUAUUCAAAGUUAAACUAAUUUUUGCACCAAUUUAGGAUGCAAUGGACAUUUAAGUGUUGAAUUUUAUCCUAAUUUGAAAUAAAUAUUGUAGCCUUCUAAUUGAGAAGACUCACUUUAAAAUAUCCAAGAUACAGUUUUUUUUACUUUAUUAUUACAUAAAAAAUAAUCAUUAAAUUAUCAAAUAGAUUUAUUACUUUUUAUUGGUCUCAGUAGUACUGUGCUACAUGAAAAUGUUACUAUUGUCUCUAUCAAGACUUAGUUUAAUGCUUUCUAUUCAAACUAUUUUAAUCAACACGACCUUAAAAAUAUUUGUAUAUAAGGAAACCAUAUCAUUACCAUGCUAUUGCACCCAUAUGUGAUACAUCCAGAGAUUUAUAUAUUUUAAAUAUUUUAUUUGUUGAUUACUCUAUAACGUUAUUGGGAGAAGGUAUAUUUUACUAUUCGUAUCUAAACAUAUUGUAUGCUCACCUUAAUCAAUAAUGUUGUUAUAAUUGUUAUUAUUAUGAUGGAAUUAAUACACUAUAUUUGUGUGUUAUGAAUCAACGAAGUAUGAAUGAGUUUGUCAUAUGUAAAACUAAAACCUCAAACACCAACUAUCUUUUAUGUAGACACAGCAAUAACUUUAAUGGCUGCCAUUUGUAAUACAUUGUAUUUCAACUUGAUUAUUAUCAUAUUUAGAGUGUUUAGUUGGAAAUAAUAUUGUUGACCAUAUUUAUUGUAUGUUAUUCCUCUAGUAAUUUAGAAUAUAAUAUUGUUUUGUAUUGGGCAGGUUGGAAAAACAUUGUUACUCUUUCUUCUAUUGUUAUUAUUUGUCUGUGAUUAAAAGUGAAUUCUGGAUGGUUACUAAUUCAUUAAGUAAUAUAAUAUCAGGCAUUUUCAACAGUUACAGAACAUAGAGGGUGACUUACAAAUACAGGUGAAGUAAUCAAGUUGUUAUUAUAAUUAUUUUUGAAACUUUCAUAGUUCCUACUUUAAAAGUGCAUUUUUUACUGUUGCGUUUGCCAUAUUUGGAAAACGUGUUUUAACUGUUUAUUUGUCAUAAUCAAGUUAUUUUAUGUAGUGAUAGAACAUACAUAGAGAAUAAUAUAUUUUAUAUACAUAAUAUUUACUUUUAUAUCCAAAUAUGUGGUUGAUUCAAUUUCCAAUGAAACCAUCGGCUACAUAAUUUAAUUUAGUAUAUCUUAAACAAUAUUUUUUCCUUUUUCUUGUAUCUUGUUAAAUGUUUUUUCUUGGCUAAGUAAAUUUCACUAUUAAUAGUAAAACAAAAGUUUAAAAGAACCUUAGAUUUGAAAAAGUGAUUUUAGUCUUGAAGUAUAAAUUGUAGACCUUCUUGCAUGGCAUAAUUGUGUACGGUAUUUAAUAUUUAUCAUGUAGCUAUAAAGCCCUUGCUUUACGAGGCAACUAGUUCGCAUUAGUAAAAUUUCAAUUUUAAUUCUAUAGGUACUAAUUCCUUUUAAAAUGUUAUCUAUUAGUUACAGAGUUAGUUAGUUUGUGUUAUUUUACUUAUACUCAGUAAUUAAUAUAAAAAAUCAUUAGGUUGUGUAUUUAAUUUGUUUAUACUGUAAGAACAUCGAAUAUAAAAUUAUAUGUGUAGUUUAUGUUGAUUCUAAAGUGCCUUUGUAUUCAGUGUAAUCAAUCGCCAUUUUAAAAUCAAAAUUAUAUUUAUCGAUAACGUGUGAUAUUUACAAACUACUAAACAACCUUUGCUAGGUUUGUUGAUUGAUAUUUAAUAAAAUAUUAUUAAUAAAUUGUU